CUAUAUUGAGCUUUUUGAUUAGUAAAAUGUAAAUCUUCCCAUCCUCCUUUCAAAUUUCUUUCUUGUUAUGUUUGGGAGGAUUUCUGAGGUAUUCUGAAAAGAUCUCCACACACAGGGAUUGGUCAAGAGAUUCUGUCAGCUGUAAUCUUUCUGAGCUUUUUACCCUUAAAUCUUUUUACAGACGGAAUCAUUCCCAAAUGCCUGGAAGUUCUUCAUUGGAUUACUGUGUUUUAAACAGAGUUUUGUGAGCAGCCUUUCAUCUUCAGCCGGAAAGAGAGAUGUGGAAAGCUUCGGCAGGCCACGCCGUGUCCAUCACCCCGGAUGAUGGGGGAGCUGACGACUGGGAAACUGACCCCGACUUUGUGAAUGAUGUCAGUGAAAAAGAACAAAGAUGGGGCGCCAAAACUGUGCAGGGGUCCGGGCACCAGGAACACAUCAACAUACACAAGCUGAGAGAGAACGUUUUUCAAGAACAUCAGACCCUUAAGGAGAAGGAACUGGAAACAGGACCAAAAGCCUCCCAUGGCUAUGGAGGGAAAUUUGGCGUGGAACAAGACAGAAUGGAUAAAUCAGCUGUCGGCCAUGAAUAUCAGUCAAAACUUUCCAAGCACUGCUCGCAGGUUGACUCAGUCCGGGGUUUUGGAGGCAAGUUUGGGGUCCAGAUGGACAGAGUUGAUCAGUCUGCUGUGGGCUUUGAGUACCAAGGCAAGACCGAGAAGCACGCCUCCCAGAAAGACUACUCGAGUGGUUUCGGCGGCAAGUACGGCGUGCAGGCUGACCGCGUGGACAAGAGCGCCGUGGGCUUCGACUACCAGGGCAAGACAGAGAAGCACGAGUCACAGAGAGAUUACUCCAGAGGCUUUGGUGGCAAGUAUGGCAUUGACAAAGACAAAGUGGACAAGAGCGCUGUGGGCUUCGACUACCAGGGCAAGACGGAGAAGCACGAGUCGCAGAGAGACUAUGUGAAAGGGUUUGGAGGAAAAUUUGGUGUGCAGACAGACAGACAAGACAAAUGUGCCCUUGGCUGGGAUCACCAGGAGAAAUUGCAGCUGCAUGAAUCCCAAAAAGAUUAUAAGGCUGGUUUCGGAGGCAAAUUUGGUGUUCAGUCCGAGAGGCAGGACUCCUCUGCUGUGGGGUUUGAUUACAAGGAGAAACUGGCCAAGCACGAGUCCCAGCAAGACUAUUCCAAAGGAUUUGGUGGGAAAUAUGGCGUGCAGAAGGAUCGGAUGGAUAAGAACGCUUCAACCUUUGAAGACGUUGCAAAGGUGUCCUCUGCUUACCAGAAGACGAUCCCUGUCGAAGCCGUGACCAGCAAAGCCAGUGACAUCAGAGCCAACUUUGAAAACCUCGCCAAGGAGAAGGAGCAGGAGGACAGGCGGAAGGCGGAGGCGGAGCGAGCGCAGAGGAUGGCCAAGGAGAGGCAGGAGCAGGAGGAGGCCCGGAGGGAGCUGCAGGAGCAAGCCAGAGCCAAAAAGCAGACGCCCCCUGCGUCCCCCGCUCCGCAGCCAGCUGAGGAGGGGCCGCCCACCAGCCCCGUCUAUGAGGACGCGGCUUCAUUCAAGGCAGAGCCGAGCUACAGCGGCCCCGUGGGCGGGAGUGAGCCGGAGCCUGUGUACAGCACGGAGGGCGCCGGCUACCAGCAGGCUAGUAGCCUGCAGGGCCCAGCCUACGCCCCGGAGGCUGUCUACGAAACCACAGAGGCCCCCGGCCACUACCAAGCAGAGGAAAACGCCUAUGACGAAUAUGAAAAUGACCUGGGGAUUACGGCCAUUGCCCUCUAUGACUACCAGGCUGCGGGCGAUGACGAAAUCUCUUUUGACCCUGACGACAUCAUCACCAACAUCGAGAUGAUCGACGACGGCUGGUGGCGUGGGGUGUGCAAGGGCCGCUACGGGCUCUUCCCUGCCAACUACGUGGAACUGCGGCAGUAGGCGCCCACCAUGCUGCAGGUCAUGCCUCCGCCUGUCCUCGUUUCGUCUUUGAGGGUGGGGUGGGGAAUAUACAUACUGCUUUUAUAUUUCAUACUUUUGCUGAUGCUUUCGACACUGUUUACGCCACAGAGUUUGCUAAUAUAUUGUAUCAUGUUCCUGGGAGGACUUUGGUAAUUGUUUUUAUGCAUUUAAGGUGUUUUCCUUCUUUGCCAAAUAGACUGUCAAGUGUAGCUACUUCAAGGA